AUGUACGACCGCCAUAUUGAUCCGAGUUUGCAUAUGGAAACAACUUGUGGUUCUCUCAUGUCUGAGCUACAGAAAAUAUGGAAGGAAGUCGGGGACCCAGACGAGGAAAGGGACAAAAUGCUUUUCGAACUUGAACAACAAUGUUUGGAUGCAUAUAGAAGAAGAGUGGAUCAGGCAAGCCACUGUAGAGCGCAGCUACGGCAAGCAAUUGCCGACUCUGAGGCAGAACUUGCAUGCAUCUCGGCAACAUUGGGUGAACAACCUGUUCAUAUAAGGCAGAGUUUUAAAAGCUUGAAGAAAGAGCUUCAGGCAGUUAUGUCUGGGCUAGAAGAGAUGAGAAGGAAACAAAUCGAGAGAAAAAAUCAAUUUGCGGAGGUUCUGAAACAAAUACAUAGUACCUCAAACGAGCUGCGCGGAUCUGCAGAAGAGUAUCCGUAUACAAUUGCUACUGAGGACGGCGAUUUGUCAUUGAACAGAUUAGAAGAUUUACGUAAUCAGUUGCUAUCACUGCAAAAAGAGAAGAGUGAUCGUCAGAAGCUGGUGCUCGGGCAGUUGAAUUCUCUGAAAUCUCUAUGUAUAGUUGUUGGGACAGAUUACAGAUUAAUUAUUCACGAGAUUCAUCCAACUUUGGACGAUUCAUGUGGUACUAAAAGUAUAAGCGAAGAUACAAUUGAAAGGUUGUCUGCCACGAUCAAUAGACUUAAAGAUGUGAAGAUACAGCGCCUGCAGAGGCUUCAAGGUCUUGCCACAACCAUGGUGGAGCUCUGGAAUUUGAUGGAUACACCGGUUGAGGAGCAAAAAACGUUUCAGAAUGUUACAAAAAAUAUAGCUGCCUCUGAAGCUGAGAUAAUUGAGCCGAAUAUUCUCUCUCUGGAUUUCAUUAAUCAUGCUGAAACAGAGGUUUUGAGGCUGCAAGAAAUGAAAUCGAGCAAAAUGAAGGAGGUUCUCUUGAAGAAGAGAUCAGUUUUAGAGGACAUAUGCAGGGGGGCACACAUUGUUGUUGGGGAACAGAUUUCAAUAGAUUUUUCUAUUGAAACUAUAGAGUUUGGAACGAUUGAUCCAUCGUAUCUACUUGAACAACUGGAGAUUCAUAUUUCCAAAGUUAAAGAAGAAGCUUUUAGUAGAAAAGAGAUACUUGAAAAAGUUGAAAAAUGGUUGGCUGCUUGUGAAGAGGAGUGCUGGCUGGAGGAGUAUAAUAGGGAUGACAGUCGCUAUAAUGCUGGGAGAGGUACACAUCUUAUGCUAAAGCGUGCUGAAAAAGCUCGAGCUCUUAUCAGCAAAAUUCCAGGGAUGAUGGAAACAUUGAAGGCAAAAUUGAAAUCUUGGGAGAAAGAAAGAGGGUUCGAGUUCUCGUAUGAUGGUGUUGGUCUUCUCUCAAUGCUCGAAAAGUACUGUGUCUUAAAGCAGCAGAAAGAGCAAGAACGUCAGAGGCAGAGGGACCAGAAGAAGCUUCAAGGACAGUUGAUAGCAGAGCAGGAAGCACUUUUUGGAUCAAAACCGUGUCCAUCAAACAGUGGAAAGAAGAAUUAUAGACCUUCAACCGGAGGUGUGACAGAUAAGAGACUUUCUUUAGGAGGGGCAGUUCUUCGAAAUGCAUCUACAAAGAAAGCUGGUCUCUCGUCUCAUUCUCAUGUGAAGCAGCAAACUUCAUGCAGCCAUAACCAAAGUGGUUUUAGCACUCACUCUUCUGUCAAGAACAACAUUUCCGGUGGUAAUUCAUCAAAUUUACAAUCAUUGCUGAUUCGGAAGCCCCUGUCUCCUCUAUCGCCGAAUGUCGACUCUGCUAAUAUUCAGGAUCAGAAUGUGACAAGUGCAGAACUCCAGGAUAUGCAAAAUGCUUAUAAAACCCCAGUGGAAAGUCCAAUGAAGAAUGUUUCCAGUUUUAAUGAAAGCAAAACUCCAAAAACCAUGCCAAUCACAGCGCUGGAAACUCCACCAACAGCGUCGAUCAAAAUGCAGACAGUCAUGACCCCGGCUACACCUUUCCGUACUGAAGAUGUUGAGUAUUCUUUCGAGGAAAGAAGAGCUGGUUUCAUCGGUCCUAAGCCACAUUUGAAGUCCUCGCUGCCACUAGUUUAA